AUGUCCUUCAUCACCAUCAAGCUAACUCAGAUUCUGGGAAUUAAUCUAGCCGACAAACCGAGGAGUCAGAUGGCGAUAACGAUGUUCGAUGGAACGUCCUCAGCAACCGAUACCUCAAAGGUCGAACUGAGACUACAAGCUGAAGGAAGAGACUCGCAGAAGUAUUGGAUAUCCUGUCAGACAGUUGGAGAGAUCUGCGGCGACAAGUUCAAACCCAAGGUGGACCAAGAGAUCAAAGAGAAGUUGAGGAAAAUGAACAUCAAGCUGGCGGACGAUCCUGAGACAGAGGAACCAAUCGACAUUCUAAUCGGGUUGGACCAUCAAGUGGAAUUCGCACCGCGAAACGCACCUGCCCAUGAACUCAGUAGAACGCUGGAAGUUGUGAAAACAGCAUUGGGUUGGACUCUAUUUGGGUGCAAAAACAGCCCCGAGGCAACUCGCGGAACGAAGCAACACCGCACCACCCAAUGCUUGAUCACAAAAACAGAGUUGAGACAGCUUCCUGCACCACAGAAGACCAGGUCCGACGUUGACAAAGAGCUCGAAGACAACUUCCGACGGAUUGUGGAGGCAGAUGCACUUCAACUCGACGGACAGGAAAGACAAUCCGAUGCAAGCUUCCUGAGCGAGUUCAUGAAGCGAGUAAAAUACGACAUCGAAGAAAAGAGGUUCAUAGUCCGGCUACCGUUCAAAGAAGGCAUACACCCAGGAGAGAACAAAAACCUGUGCUUGGCGAGACUCCGCUCAUUGGAGACGCGCUCACGUAGAAGCGGACUCCGCGAGAGGUACGACGCAGAAUUCCGCAGCAUGAUGGAGCUGGGAUUCCUCGAAAAAGUGGGUCCGGGGCAGGCUGACGGGAGGGUCGUGUCAUAUCUCCCGCACAGGGAAGUGGUGAAAGAGAACAGUCUCACAACCAAACUGAGAAUCGUGUUCGACGCAUCAGCGAAGGAGAAGAGUCGGACGUCAUUGAACGAAGCAUUGUGCAACAGGCCAAACCUGAACGGGCACCGGUCAACCGCAGGUGUUCAGGCUAACAAGAAACUGUUUCGGCAUGGGUCCGUCACCGUUCAUAUUGGCGGCUUGUAUCAACAAACUAUCAACAAAAAGAUCGAGUUGCCCAGACGAUGCCAGGUCGGCGAAGCGACUGGGGGCAGAGCGAUAGUUCAUCUGUUUGGCGACGCUAGCAUCAUAGCGUAUGGCGCCGUGGCUUAUAUUGUCUUCACGGACGCUCGGGGAACAUCCUACACAAGCUUCCUAAUGGCCAGAUCAAGGUUAGCACCAUUGAAAACCGCCACGAUCCCACGCUUGGAACUCAUGGCACUUAACCUGGCGGCGUAGACCUGCGGUUACCUCAAGAGACAACUACGAUUCAGGGUGGAUGAAUACCACAUCUGGACCGACAACACCGGAGUCUACUACCAGGCACAUAGUCAACAAUCGGAGCAGCUUCCGGUUUUCGUCCGUAACCGAGUGGCAAAAAUCCGCAACCUGAUCGGGGACGCGCGGAUACACCAUGUCCCGGGGACGUUAAAUCCGGCAGACAUCGUGAGCCGCGGGUGCAGUGUCGAGGAGCUUGGUUCGUCGAUGUGGUUCUCGGGACCAGACUUCAUCAAGAGUGACCAGUCGCGGUGGCCAGUACAACCGGAAUUGCAAAAGCUAACGGCAGCGAUUGUCAAAGUAAAACCGAAGGUGGAGGUGGUUCUUGACGUCGACCGGAUCGACAACUGGUACAAGUUGAUCAGGUCGAUGGCAUUCGUACUACGGUUCAUCGCGGUUACUCGGAAGGAAAGGAAACGUGAGGAAGCGGCCGAUCCGUUCAGCGUCGACGAGCUCAGACAGUCGGAGUCAAGAGUCGUCCAGCAGAUUCAGCGGCAGGCGUACGCAGCAGAAAUGGACAGAGCUAGAAGGAAGCAGGAUAUGCCAGAGGAGUCUAAAAUUCGGUCGUUGAUGCCCUUCCUGCGAGACGGUCUCCUCUGCGUAGGCGGAAGGUUGGGAAGUCACCGGGGCGAAGUUCCCAAAAACCCACCGAUACUUCCCCCGCAACAUCGAGCUACACUGCUGUAUCUCCAGGACAUCCACAGAAGAAACUGCCACGCGGGAGUCAACCAAUGCCUGGUGGAAUCGCGCAGGGCGUACUGGAUUCCGAGGGCGAGACAGAUACUACGAAAGGUCGUCAGAUCGUGCUAUAACUACAGACGCUUCCAUGCGAAGCCCUGUUCCACUAGCACGGGAGAGCCACCCGAGAUAAGAGUGAACAGAUCGGCACCGUUCGCGCAUGUCGGAACAGAUAUGGCGGGACCCUUGUACAUCACGGCGGAUGGGCUUGAGACGAAGGUCUGGAUCAACCUGUUCACUUGCUGUGCCAGCAGGGCAGUCCACCUUGAGAGCGUCACGUCAUUGUCGACGAAAGAUUUCCUAAUGGCUUUCAGAAGGUUCAAAGCCCGACGCGGAUGCCCCAGGAGCCUGUUUUCGGAUAAUGCAGCCACGUACAAGAGAGCAGCGGAAGACCUCAGCCAAGUAUCAAGACUAUGGUCGGAGAGAGAGGUGUCGAACGCACUGGCGCGGGAGGGUAUCGUGUGGAAUUUCAACGUCGAGAAAGCCCCAUGGAUGAACGGUUUUGUCGAGCGACUGAUAGGAAUCCUGAAGUCCACACUCAAAAAAGUGAUCGGGAGGCAGACUCUGAGGUUAGAGGAACUGCAGACCGUCGUUUGCGAGAUAGAAGAGAUGAUGAACAGAGGACCCCUAUGCCAGGUCACUGACUCCGAGAACAUUGAAGUCCUCACGCCAAUGAACUGGAGGAGAUGGGAAUCAGAAUACCUAGCCCUGCUUCGUAAUUCCCAUGAGACAGCAAACGCUACGGACUCGGAACUCAAGGUCGGCCAAGAGGUUAUAAUCAAGGACGAGAAAAAGCCAAAACUCUUCUGGAAGCUCGGAAAAGUAGAAUCGCUCAACCAAGCUCCGAAAGAAUUUGACAGCAAAAUCAAGAAAUGCUUCCUGGAGCUGGGAUUGACCCAGAGCACCUCGGACCCGUGCAUGUUCUUCUCCGAGGGACCGAAACGGCUUGUGGUAGUUCCAUAUGUCGAUGAUGGCAUUACGGGAGCCUCAUGCAAAGAAGAUGCCGAAGAAUUCCUCAUUGCACUCGGUAAGGCACUUGAAAUCACUUUCAAACCACAGGAACUCUUCUUGGGGUUGCACAUAGACAUUUCCCCAGACCUUAGAACUAUCCACAUCCAUCACUCGAAGUGCAUUGCCGACUUGUUGGAAAGAUUUGGUAUGACGAGUUGCAAGCCGGCCAAGACGCCGCUUGACAGCAGUGCAGAAUCCGCCUACGAUGGCGAGAUUGAUGUGUCACUGCCGUGCCGCUCUCUCGUCGGCGGACUGAUGUACCUCGCGAUUGCGACAAGAGCAGAUAUAGCCUAUGCAGUAGGCUUCUUGUCGAGGUACCUGGAUUGCCCAAAGAAACAGUUGUGGAAACAGGGGUUGCACAUCUUGAGAUACUUGAGUGGAACCAAGACUCACAGCCCCUUUCACUCUAGUGGCGGUUCACGCGAACUCAAGGUCCACAGCGACGCAGAUUUCGCUAUGUGUGAGAACACCAGACGGAGCACUUCUGGCUCCCUGGUCAAGUUCGGAGAAGGAGCAAUUCGCUGCUGCAACCAGCGCCAGAGCUGUGUUUCCACCGGCUCCAUGGUCGCGGAGCUGAUCGCCGCCUCAGAGGCUUGUAAAGCGGCGAUCUGGACGGCAAAACUUCUGAACGAGCUCCACUACCCCGUGAAACCGACCCUACUCAUUGACAACGAGGCCACGAUUCGACUGACCGAAUCUUCGCAACAAUUUAAGAACGCGAAACUUUUUGAGGUGAGGUUCUACUACGUCAGAGAGAGAUACCUCAACGGAGAGGUCAACGUCGAAUGUUGCUCCAGUGAGGUGAACGCCGCAGAUUUCCUGACUUAG